AUGUUCUUCCCCCUUAUUAACCCUCCAACGAUCAAAGAAGAGAGGAGGUGGGUUGAAGAUGAUGAUUUGCUUUCCGUUCUUGCCUACCAUUCUCGAUUUCCAAGUAUCGGCUUUUUGGAGAUAUUUCCUUCAUAUCGAUGUGGAAGUAGCUUAGAUGCAAUCACAAACAUUGUAUCAAUAGAAAUUGGUGAUAUUCUGUUAAAGGAUGAAUCUGAUAACACAGUGACAUCAGUGUAUUCACUAGAAGCUGAGUUUGCAAGAUUUUUAUGGGUUUUUGGCAUGAACACUUAUGAAAUUCUCAAGGAACAUAAAAACUUAAUUGCUUGUAGUUACAGAAUGGAAUCUCGAAUUCCAAUUAUGUUAGAAUGGAAUCUUGGAUUCCAAUGA